CGAGCCGUGUGUCUCCUCCUCCGCCGCCGCCAUAUUGUCUGUGUGAGGAGAGGGGAGAGCGGCCGCCGCCGCUGCCGCUUCCACCACAGUUUGAAGAAAACAGGUCUGAAACAAGGUCAUACCCCCAGCUGCUUCUGAACACAUUGACUGCCAGAUCUCCAAACAUCAAGUCCACCUUCAUUCGCCAACCUGUCUGACAUGUCGGGACCCGUGCCAAGCAGGGCCAGAGUUUACCAGAUUGUUAAUACGCACAGACCCCGAGAGUACUGGGAUUAUGAGUCACAUGUGGUGGAGUGGGGUAAUCAAGAUGACUACCAACUCGUUCGAAAAUUAGGCCGGGGUAAAUACAGUGAAGUAUUUGAAGCCAUCAACAUCACAAAUAAUGAAAAAGUUGUUGUUAAAAUUCUCAAGCCAGUAAAGAAGAAGAAAAUCAAGCGUGAAAUAAAGAUUUUGGAGAAUUUACGAGGCGGUCCCAAUAUCAUCACACUGGCAGACAUUGUAAAAGACCCUGUGUCACGAACCCCUGCCUUGGUUUUUGAACACGUAAACAACACAGACUUCAAGCAAUUGUACCAGACGUUAACAGACUAUGAUAUUCGAUUUUACAUGUAUGAGAUUCUGAAGGCCCUGGAUUAUUGUCACAGCAUGGGAAUUAUGCACAGAGAUGUGAAGCCCCAUAAUGUCAUGAUUGAUCAUGAGCACAGAAAGCUACGACUAAUAGACUGGGGUUUGGCUGAGUUUUACCAUCCUGGCCAAGAAUACAAUGUCAGAGUUGCUUCCCGAUACUUCAAAGGUCCUGAGCUACUUGUAGACUAUCAGAUGUAUGAUUAUAGUUUGGAUAUGUGGAGCUUGGGUUGUAUGCUGGCAAGUAUGAUCUUCCGGAAGGAGCCAUUUUUCCAUGGACAUGACAAUUAUGAUCAGUUGGUGAGGAUAGCCAAGGUUCUGGGGACAGAAGAUUUAUAUGACUAUAUUGACAAAUACAACAUUGAAUUAGAUCCACGUUUCAAUGAUAUCUUGGGCAGACACUCCCGUAAGCGAUGGGAACGCUUUGUCCACAGUGAAAACCAGCACCUUGUCAGCCCCGAGGCCUUGGAUUUCUUGGACAAGCUGCUGCGAUAUGACCACCAGUCACGGCUUACCGCAAGAGAGGCCAUGGAGCACCCCUAUUUCUAUACUGUUGUGAAGGACCAGGCUCGAAUGGGCUCAUCUAGCAUGCCGGGGGGCAGUACGCCUGUCAGCAGCGCCAAUAUGAUGUCAGGGAUUUCUUCAGUGCCAACCCCUUCACCCCUUGGACCUCUGGCAGGCUCACCAGUGAUUGCUGCUGCCAACCCCCUUGGGAUGCCUGUUCCAGCUGCCGCUGGCGCUCAGCAGUAACGGCCCCUUCUGUCUCCUGAUGCCUAAGCAGAGGUGGGGGAGUCGACGCUCUCCUUGAUGCAGCUUGCGCCUGGCGGGGAGGGGUGAAAUACUUCAGAAGCACCGUGUCUGAACCGUUGCUUGUGGAUUUAUAGUAGUUCAGUCAUAAAAAAAAAAAAAUUAUAAUAGGCUGAUUUUCUUUUUUUUUUCCUUUUUUUUUUUUUCCUUUUCUUUUUUUUUUUAACUCGAACUUUUCAUAACUCAGGGGAUUCCCUGAAAAAUUACCUGCAGGUGGAAUAUUUCACGGACAAAAUUUUUCCCCCCUUUUAAAUUUAAUUUCUCAUCACUAAAGAACAAAGAUGAACCAGCCUCAAUCCCGGCUGCUGCAUUUGGGUGGAGAUCUCUUCCCAUGUCCAUCAUUGCUCCCCCACCAUCCCACACUUUGGGGGAUUUAUAUCUCAUGCUCUUCUCCAGAGAUUAUAAAAAUGUAGCUUCUUCAAGGGAGGUGGGAAGGAAGAAGGAAGGGAGGACCCAACCUACAAGAGCGUUGUGCUGCUGGUCACUUUUAUCACUUUACUCCAAGUGCUUCAGUGGGGUUGUCAUGGUGAAUCUAGUGGAAAUAUGUCUUAGUUUCAUUGAGAUGCUGAAUAUCACCUACCCAAAGUGCAGACAGGUCCUGAAAACUUCAAUCUGAAUCAUGUCUUAUUAACCGAGCCCUAAAUCCAACUCACUUAGACUUCUAGUUCCAGUUUAGUUUAAAAUGUUAAUACCUUCCCUCCCAGUCUCCUUACCUUGGUCCUCUCCGCCUUCAUCUCCCCACAUGCUCUGUAGCUGGUGGGAGGGGGAGGCAAAAUCUUUUCCAGUUUUCUUUGACUUGGCCAUUUUGAAUUCAGUUAGUUACUGGGCUUAACUUAUUGCUUUUUGCAAAAGAAACAAACAUUGUCUAUAUAGGUUUCAUGCUAGCAACUCUUUCAGAGCUAAUGGAAGAUGUGGCCACACGGAGUUUCAUUUUAAGCUUCCUGCCUUCUUUUCUUCCUUUCUUCCCCUUCCUUCACAUGCCAUCCAGUGAGAAGACCUGCCCCUCAGUCUUGUAAAUGUAUCUGAGAGGUAGGAGCAGAGCCACUGUCUCCAGUGAAACUGAAAUGGUAGACCUGUAAUUGUGGGAAAACUAUAAACUCUCUUGUUACAGCCCUGCCACCCCUUGCUGUGUGUAUAUAUAUAAUACUUUGUCCUUCACAUGUGAAAGAUCCAGUGUUGGAAUUCUUUGGUGUAAAUAAACGUUUGGUUUUAUUUAUCAA